GCCCAGGGGACCGGCCCACUCCCCAGUCAGUCGUGAUGUCGGUGGUGGGGCUGAAGAAGCAGUUCCACAAAGCCAGCCAGUUGUUUAGUGAAAAAAUUAGUGGUGCCAAAGGAACGAAGCUCGCUGAUGAAUUUCUGGACAUGGAAAGGAAAAUAGAUGUUACCAAUAAAGCAGUUGCAGAAGUUCUUUCAAAAGCCACUGAAUACCUCCAGCUGAAUCCAGCAUACAGAGCUAAGCUAGGAAUGCUGAACACUGUGUCGAAGAUCCGAGGGCAGGUGAAGGCCACGGGCUACCCGCAGACGGAGCGGCUGCUGGGAGACCGCAUGCUGAAGCACGGCAAGGAACUCGGGGAGGACUCCACCUUCGGCAAUGCAUUGAUUGAGGUUGGGGAGGUGAAAGAUUCUCUUGAUAUUAACAUAAAGCAAAUUUUCAUUGAUCCACUUCAGUUACUUCAAGAUAAAGAUUUAAGAGAGAUUGGGCACCACCUGAAAAAGCUGGAGGGCCGCCGCCUGGAUUACGAUUAUAAAAAGAAGCGAGUAGGUAAGAUUCCAGACAAAGAAGUCAGACAAGCAGUAGAAAAGUUUGAAGAGUCAAAAGAGUUGGCUGAAAGAAGCAUGUUUAAUUUUUUAGAAAAUGAUGUAGAGCAAGUCACCCAGUUGGCUGUGUUUGUGGAAGCCGCACUAGACUAUCACAAACAGUCCGCAGAGAUCCUGCAGGAUCUACAGAGCAAGCUGCAGACGCGGAUAUCAGCGGCGUCCAACGGCCCCAGACGAGAAUACAAGCCCCGGCCGGUGAGGAGGAGUCCGAGUGAGCUCAGUGGGGUUUCCACCACCUCUGCUGCAAGGACGACAGGCUCUGACAUUGCCAUGGACCAGCCCUGCUGUCGCGGUCUGUAUGACUUCGAGCCAGAAAACCAAGGAGAAUUAGGAUUUAAAGAAGGGGACAUCAUUACAUUAACCAACCAAAUAGAUGACAACUGGUAUGAAGGAAUUAUACAUGGGGAAUCUGGAUUCUUCCCCAUCAAUUAUGUGGAAGUGAUUGUGCCUUUACCUCAGUAA